AAAAUGUUGAAAUUGUUUGUACUUUUGCAAAUGGUAUGGCUUAUCAUACCUUAUAUUAAAGGAGAGUGCGUUUCGAAGGGAGACAUAGUUUUUCUACUAGAUGAGUCUGGCAGUAUCGGAUCGCUAAACUUUGAACGAAUCAAGACAUUCGUCAGCUCCGUUGUAGGUCACUUCAAAGUAGGAAACGAUUCAAAUCAAUUCAGUGUAGUCAACUUUGCGUCCUCUUCUAGAGAAAUAUUUCCACUCAACAGAUAUCACACAGUAUCUGGCCUUCAAUCUGCUAUAACUUCCAUUUCAUUCAACAGCGGGGGAACGAGCAUAGGAAGUGCCCUUGAUUAUGCCCGAAUGUAUUCCUUUAAUUCUUCCCGCGGAGCAAGAAAUGAUUCGGCAAAAAUUGUAGUUCUGAUCACCGAUGGACAAAGUUCACUUUCCAACCAGCCUGACCAACUAAAAGCAAUCGGGGUCACGAUAUUUUGCGUCGGGGUAGGAACUGGAAUAAAUUCAGUUGUUCUAAGAUCCGUUGCCACGCACAACGACUAUACGUACCUGACCACGUUUGAUCUACUACCAUUGUUAACGAACGAAUUGUCGAACGGGACCUGCGCCGAUGACAUUAACGAUUGCUUAAGUGAGCCUUGUCUUAAUGGAGGGACAUGUGAAGAUCAAUUUGGAAAAUAUGUGUGUCACUGUCUGGCCGGAAACACAGACCCUAACUGCUAUGUCCCGGGCCUACCAAAUGUAACGUUAGGAUCCAGUCUUACAGUAUAUUUUGGAUCGUCCGCCAUACUCAAUUGUUACGUGAUAAGCACGACAACUGUGUCUUCUGUUACAUGGCACUACCAGAAAAACGGCGUCACAACCACCAUAGAUACUGGUAAUACAACUAAAUAUAGCGGCGGCACCGUAGGGACACCCUCUCUUACCGUAAAGAACGUGAAGAUUGAAGAUAUAGGAAACUAUAGAUGCUUGGCCCAAAACUCAGCAGGGAUAGGUCAAAGCGCAUCAAUGAUAUUUCUAGAUUUGCGACGUGGUUCUCCUGUUUUAUCCACGAUAAGUACACAUUACGCUGUCAACGCUAGUGAUAGCGUGUCCCUGUCUUGCAAUUUUGCCUCCAGUUACCCUCCUGUUGUUGAAGUAAGUUGGUAUAAAGAUGAUGUAGCAAUAAAUCCAGUGCCUAAUGGUAAAUACUCUGGCGGAACAAUUUAUUCUCCAAACCUCAACAUAUCGAAUUUCCAGCGAGAAGACCAAGGUUUCUAUCACUGUUCUGUGCAUAACCAUUAUGGAUCAAGUAAUAGCUCGGACAUGGCAGUUUAUUUAUUUGGAGAUGUACCUGCAGUAUUAGUGGGAACAAACAUCACUGACGGAUUUAGCCAUACUGUCACUAUUCCUUGUCAAGUGUUUGGUUUUGGUGUCACUAGAGUUUUCUGGGGAGCACAACUCCAGGGUCAGGAAAACGAGACAGAAAUAGACAUGUCCUCAUCAAAAUAUUACGGUUCUACUAUAUAUUACCCAUCCUUAACAAUUUACAGUUUUAGCUCAUCAGACAAUGGUAACUACAGAUGUUAUGCAAACAGCUCUAACGGUAUUGGUUACAGCACACCAGUCAAUGUAAACAUAGUUGGGCGUUACAUUGUACUGAACUCAACCAGCUACACUGUAAACAAGAGUGAUGACGUCAAACUUUCCGUAUAUGUUUAUUCCAACCUCAAUCUUUUAAGUUUAUCUUGGCAGAGGAGUUAUUUGUCUUACUUUAAUAACUUGAAUACAACAUCCAAGGACAAAUACGAGGGUGGUACACUUGAUUCUCCGUCCCUCAUCAUUCGUAACGUUAGCAAAGAGGAUGAUGGGUAUUAUCGUCUAAAUGUGUCUAACGCUGAUGGCACAACUAUAAGUUCGAGCAUUUACCUAAAUGUUAUUGUUCACAGCAGAUUCUCUGGUGGAUUGAUCAACGACCCCUCACUGACUAUUAACAGUGUCCGUGGGGUAGAUGCUGGAUAUUUUAGAUUCAACGCAACAAAUAUAGAUGGCACAAGGAGCAUAACGUUUUAUUUGAGUUUAAACCUCCGUUUGCCUUCAGUAACUACUGGUACAAGAAAUUUCUACAUGUAUUCUGGUGGAAAUGUCACAUUUGAAGUCAAUAUUACAUCAUUAACUACUUUGUUAUCGGUAAAAUGGGAAAAACAAAAUUCCUCCUAUCCGUACAAUUACUAUACACUGAAUACGACAGAUGACCAAAGAUUUGAUGGUGGCCAAUUAGGAUCACCUGAUAUUGUCAUAAAGAAUAUAUUGGUUACAGACAAAGGCAAUUACAGGUGUGCAGUGGAAAACAGCGACGGUGUUAGAUAUAGCUCAUCGUUUUAUUUAUCCGUCACUCCUAGGCUUCCGUCAAUAUCAACGGGGACAACGUAUUUCUACAUCGAGAGAGGAACGAACAUAACUCUUUCACUCAGCUACACAUCCGUUCUUAACGUCACUUCAGUAGUUUGGGAGAAAAGAAAUUCAUCCGUAUCCACAUUUGAUCCAAUUGAUAUAGUGAACGAUGGAAGAUAUAUCGGAGGGACCAUCGACUCACCAUCACUAAAUAUAACCGGUAUAUCGUUGGAGGACGAUUACACGUACUAUCGAUGUAAGGUUUCAAACGUGGAUGGGGAUAGAUACAGCAGGCAGUUUGCAAUAUAUGUUAAACGAUACCGACCAACAAUAUCAGUGUACUGGAGAUAUUCUGUCUACACAGGAGAAAAUGUCACACUGCAGACAAGUAUCACAUCCUCACUGAUAGUUACAAAUGUCACCUGGGAGAGAAGAAACAUCAGUACACUUUUGUUCGAAAUUAUUGAUUUCUCUUCUGAUAAUCGAUAUUCCGGUGGCGAUAUUAAUUCGCCAUCGCUGACAAUAACAGAUAUCACUGUAAAUGAUGAGACUUAUUACCGUGUUAGCGCCACAAACGACGAUGGUACUUCAACAAGCUCCGUCUUCAUUGAUGUCGUGUUACGUCCUCCAUCUAUUUCAUUAGAAUCUAGCUAUAGUAUUUAUUCCGGUGAAAACCUAACUCUUGAAACAAUCAUCACGUCCUUCCUGCCAAUCACCAAUGUGACAUGGGAAAGAAAAAACACCAGCACAUACGUCUACGAACUUAUCAAAAUACUGUCAGAUAAUCGUUAUAUUGGUGGAGAAAUUCUAUCACCAUCACUGACGAUUAUACGUGUGGAUCUGACGGAUGAAAUGUAUUACCGGGUUGCAGCUGUUAACAAUGAUGGGAUAACAACGAGAACAGUUUAUGUUGAUGUCAUCCCACGUCUGCCUGUGAUAUCAGUUAGCGAAACGUCAAUUGCGGCCAAAACAAGAUCUAGCAUCACCCUUCACAUCAAUUAUACUUCGGGACCGAAAAUGAGGUCAGUCACCUGGGAAAAACGAAGUACUACCUAUCCAUAUGCAUUUCAUACAGUAAAUAUUACUAUCAAUGAUCGGUACAACGGUGGCACAAUCGAUAGACCAAAUCUUGAGAUCGCCCAUGCAGUAUUUGAAGACAGUGGUUAUUAUCGAUGUAAAAUUGUCAACGACGAUGGAAUGUCAACAACUCCUUUGUUUGACGUCAAACUUCAAAAACAACUUGCAACUAUAAAUGUAUCCGUCACAUCAUACACAGCAAAUCAAGGUGACAAUCUUACCUUGUCUGUAAUCCUGUCUGGCACUGAGAUUAACUCGACGAUAGUAUGGGAGAAAAAAGGCAUCCAAGAUUCGUCGUUUACAGUAAUCGACAUAUCGUCAAAUGAGAGAUACGAAGGGGGAUCUUUGGCAUUUCCCUCGUUAUCUUUAUGGAACAUCACCCACGAUGAUUUUGGAUAUUAUCGAUGUAAGGUCACUAACGUUGAUGGAAUGACGACAAGUACAUCGAUACAGGUCAGCUUAGAAGAUUCAUCUAAUUCUAGUUGUGACAAAUUGAGCUGCGGGGGUUUUAGAGAAUGUGGAAAUCUAUAUUUCAUUUAUUAG